UCGUCGGCGCGUUCAGUUGUGUGUGGUGGCAGCUGCUUUGCUGUUGCGCUCGUUAAAUCGCUCGUCUUCUCGCCGUCUCUAUAUCUCUCUCUGUAUGUGUGUGUGUGUUGCUGCCGCAUGCAACAGUUGUGUCAAUGUAAACAGAAGUGUGCUGCAGUGCAAAGUUCGCUGCCUCAGUCAUUUGUUAUUGGCAAAGAAUAAAAAAGUCAGUUUGUGAAUAUGCAAAUGCAAAUGUUAAUUUGACAAUUUUUGCUAAAAUUGUGAAUGCCGUCGGCGAUCGUCAGUUGUGUUGUUACGCCUACCUGAGCGCGCUGUCGUCGUCGUCGUCUGUCAUCAUCAUCCCCAACAAGCUAGAAUCCUGCCGAGUCGAGCAAACACACAACACAACAAAGGGCAGCAACAAUCAACAACGCGACGUCGCAUCCGUUUCCGGCUCUUUGUCUGCUGUCCGCUUGCUGCUGAUAUGCGUUAUUUGAUUAUUCUACAACGUUUUCAUGAAUGAAUUUUGACUGUGUCUCUGUGUGUGUGUGUUUGUGUUUGGUUGUGCGUCAUGUUCAUGUCCAGCAGUGUCAACUAAAUGUGCAUUGUUGUUGUUUUAGUUCUGAGCUAGACACCGACCCAGGCUCAGCCAGUGCACCGUAAAGAUCUUAAUCGCAUUUUAAAUAAGCACUUACGUUCUGGAGCAGAAACCGUUUCUCAGGUAGACAAUAGACAUUGGGCCAAGUUAAUACGGUUCUGUUUGUCACACUCGCUGAUAAAUUGCCGCGCAUCAACAACAAAACUUUGCUGUUUAAGUUUCGCACCCUGAUAACUUCGAAAUCGACCGACAAAACAAACAGAUCACUGUCAUCGGAAUGAGUGUAUCCUCGUCGUCUGCUCUGCUUGACAGAAUGUGGCCCAAACUGAGUUGUUUGCUCCUGCUGCUCUUGGUGCUGCUGCCGCUUGCAACGGCCAAUGAACUUAAGGAUCUCCUCGAGGAUUCCACAACAACAACAACAACUACAACCACAGUGAAAACAACAACGACAACUUCAACGACGACCACGCCCAGUGCUUAUGUUAUAUCAGCUGCUGCUGUGCCCGCCUACAAUGCAGCCACGCCCAGCAAACUCAAGUCGAAGCUGCCCGGCAGCAAGUACUUCAACAAGAGCUCACCCAAGAAGCGAAAGGCCGAGGAGGUGUCCUCGCUGCCGCUGCCCAUCGACUCCGAUGGCCAGCUGGAAUGGAAGUGUCCCAACAUAUCGGGCACUCGCAAUGCAGACCUCGAGUGUGGCUGCGAUUUGCCGCACACGCUGCGCUGCAACAUCGAUCUGCACGGGUUGCAGUUACUCGCCGAUCGCCUGCGCAGCUCACCUUAUUCCAUCUCUCUGCUCGACUGUUCGUUGCGCAAUGUCACCUUUCUGAGUGAUGCCAAGAUCUUUGAUGGCAUCUCGCUACAUGGUCUGGUCAUCUCCUCUGGCGAGAUCAAGCGUGUGCACAAGUCUGCCUUUCUGGGCAUCAAAGGACCGCUGCAGGCUUUGGGUUUGCCCGGCAAUGCGCUGCUCAGCGUGCCCUGGAAUGCGCUUUCCACUCUGGGCGCCUUGGAGCGUCUGGAUUUGGCCAACAAUAAGAUUAAGGCGCUGGGCACCGCAGACUUUGUGAGCCUGGGUAAUCUGGUGUAUCUGGAGUUGAGCAACAAUCAAAUCUCCAGCAUUUCUCAGCGCACUUUCAGCGGUCUGCGCAAGCUCGAGGUGCUUAAGUUGGGUGGCAAUCGCCUAGGUGAUUAUCCACAGAGUCUGAAGGCCUUGAGUCAGUGUCUCGCGUUGCGUCAACUCGAUCUCACGGCCAACAAUUUGAAUGGACCGCUGAGCGAGCAAACGUUGCCGGUGCUGCGCAAUCUUGAGAAUCUGAAUCUCAAUCGCAACAUGAUCAAGAGCAUUCAGAACAAAGCCUUAGCCAAUUUCUCGCGACUCGUGAGUCUUUCGCUGCGUCACAAUCAGGUCGAUGUGCUGCAGGAUCAUGCCUUCUAUGGACUGGGAGCACUGGACACUCUGGAUCUGAGUUACAAUGGCAUUGUGGCCAUUUCGAGUGCCUCGUUGCAGCAUCUGACGCGUCUCACUGUCUUGGAUCUGACGCACAACUUUCUGCGCGCCUUGACCUCGGAUCUGAUAGCACCGUUGCCUUCAUUGCGUGAACUGCGACUGGAUGGCAACGAUAUCUCCAUUGUGGCCAGGAAUGCCAUGGAUCGGGCGCAUGAACUGCAGAGCCUGCAGAUGCAAGACAAUCCUUUGUCCUGUGACUGCAGUAUUCGCCCCUUUGCCGAGUGGUUGCAGGUUUCUAAACUCUCCUCCAGCUUGAGUGCUUCCUGUGUGACGCCACCGCGUUUGGAGGGUGCUCCGCUGCUGCAGGUGCCGGUGGAGACGUUGACCUGCGAUAUGGACAAUGUGGAGAAGGACAAUGUAAACAUUAUGGAGCACCUCGAGACGCUGGCCAAACCCAAUCAGACGACGUCUCACGUCAAAGAUUUGUCUGAAGAGAUUAUUCUACAUGAGUUGCACUAUUCGGCUGAUUAUGGACUUAUACUCACCUGGCUGCUGAAUCUGAGCAAAAAGGAUUACAUGUGCGAUGCCAUCUUUGUCUACAAGGAAGAGAACAUCAACGAGAUUCUCAUCGAUAACUCACCGAUUCACUGCGAGAGCAAGGUCGUCAAUGGACAGAACACUGUGAGCGUCAUUGUGCCCGACAGCUCCUCACUAGACAUAGGCGAAAGCUACCGUUUCUGUCUGGUCAUGGUUCAAGAGCAGAAACCCAAGGAAGAGCUCAACAUUGGCUGUUCCAACAUCACGCAGCUGCAACUUAGCAGUCCUGGCUCCAUGCCCGCGUUGCGUCAGCACCAACGACGUCCCUACUACACGCCCCAUGAGCUGGAGGCAGAGCAUGCCGCUGGCGAGGAUUAUCCGCUGAACAAGCGACAGUUCAACAGCAUUGUGGGCAGUCAACAGCAGACCCAUCCACAGCCCGUGGCACCAACAUUGCUGCACAACUACGAUGUCAUCGACUCGCUGAACAAGAGCUUUCUGCCUGGCCUGGGACUGGGCAUCUUGGUCACCUCGGUUGUCGUGUUGAUUUGGGGUGCCACGCGCAUAAGACGUAGUGUGGGAGGAGGGGGAAAUGGAGGCGAUGCUAGUCUGAGUAGCAACAGCAGCAGCAUGCACAACAACAACAACAAUUGCAGCGGCAACAGCCGACCUGGCACGCCCACAGCAACCACUUGCUAUGCCGCCUCCGAUCACAUUGCUCGACUGGCGGAUGCCGAGAAUGGAACGCGGUACCUUAAGCUGCAGGCAACGACGAGUCUUUGAAGAGAGAGAAAUUGCGAGAGCAUCUACAACCCAAUCCUCGAACUGGGAUCUUGUGAUAGCGCAAGCAUCAUCAUCAUGCAUUAUGCUUGUGCCGAAUACUUUAGAUAUAUACAACUAUAAUACUAUAUAUAUUUACUAUAUAGACGAGCUGUAGUUAGGGUUCCUGCACUAAUCCAAAUACUUGGCCUAACACUUACCAAAUUGUGCCAUAAACUAACUCACUAAAUUUAUUCAGGAAUUGCAAAAUUUGCUGCAUUAUUUACGAAGCUACAUAAAUAAUUUCUUGACAUACUAUAUAUCUAUAUCUAUGUUACUUUUAUGGGUAAUACUAUUCUAAUAUAUUACCUAACUUUUGUGCAUUCCAAAAUUUUGAAUAUUGAAACUGUUUUUUGAAUUACCUACGAGAUUUUCGAGAAAUGAGAUGUUAGGGUACUGCAAAUAGAAAUAUUUUAU